GGAAGUUGAUCUCUCCUUUCAUGACUCCGCGCUUUUUGUCGAAGAAGUCCGUUUUUUUAGCUGAAUACAUCGACUUUUUGCGCUUUCAAAGAGCGGGUACUGUGCGGAGAUGCCGCUGAUAGUGUCAGACUACUCGUGGACUCAGACGGACAGCACGGUGUUCAUCAGCGUGCCUUUAAAGGGAGCGCGCGCGGAGAGAGUGGACUUCCUGUCUACAGAAGAGUACCUGAAGGUGCAUUACCCCCCCUAUCUGUUCGAAGCCUUUCUGUCUGAACCUGUGGACGAGGACAGAAGCACAGCAAAGGUUGGAAAUGGAGUCGCAGUCAUCACUCUGCCAAAAUGUUCCAAUGCAUUCUGGGAGCAUCUGGUGAUAACUACAUAUGAUAAAGAAAAGAAGAAGGAGGUCAGAGAAAGGGCUCUGUUGAAAUACCAGGAGAGGCUGUGUUCGGAGUCCAGAUCAAAGGCUGAGAAACAGCAAGCAGAGAAAAAGUACGCACUGGAGACAAUGAUGAAGCUUGAAAAGGAGGAAAGAGACAUCAUUCUGAAAAGGAAGGAGGAUGAGCGAGAGAAGACCACAGCAGAGCUGGCAGCAUGGCAGCUGAGACAGAGAGAAACAGCAGUGGGAGAAGCCAAACUAAAACUCCAAGACCAGAGAGUCCGUCAGAACAAACUGAAAGCCCCGACAGAGAAGCAGGAGAAAGGAUGCUCAGAUGGAGCAAAGGUCAAACUGGAUGAAAGAGGCAACAGUGAAGCAAAGAGCCAGAAAACCCCAGCGCUCCCGCCCGCUCCGAGGCGCUCUGCAAACAUUCAAGUCAGAUUCACCCCGCGCGUUUUCCCAACUGCGCUCCGGGAAUCAAGAGUGCCAGAGGAGGAGGAGUGGCUUCAAAAACAAGCCGAAGCCAGGCGUGCAGGAAAUGCAGACGUUGAGGAGCUGAAGGACCUGAGGGAGGAGGAGAGGAACCCUGAGUGGUUGAAGGACAAAGGAGACAAGUGUUUUGCUUCUGGAGACUUCCUGGGGGCAGUGAAUGCCUACAACCUGGCCAUCAGGCUCCACAGCAAGAUCCCAGCACUGCACUCCAACAGGGCAGCUUGUCAUCUGAAGUUAAAAAAUCUCCAUAAGGCCAUUGAGGAUGCUUCUCAGGCUCUGGAUCUGCUGACCCCAGCCGUCCCUGCCAACGCAGCAGCCAGAGCCAGGGCCAGCGUCCGCCGGGGGUCCGCCUUCUGUCAGCUACAGCUCUAUGCAGAAGGGCUGCAGGACUACCAGGCCGCUCUGAAGCUGGACCCUCACAAUGCAGCGCUGCAGGCGGACACUCAGACCAUCAGAGACAUCCUCCAGGGCUCUGCAUCUGGGACGCACUGAAACACACAGAAUGCUACUCUUUUUAUUUUUCUCUGUUACCCAAUGGUUUUAUAAAUGACACAAAAGAACCAAAGGCUGCUGCAUAUGAAUCAAAAUGAAGGACAUGUGUUGAAUUGUUAGUGUGAUUACUGAUUACUGGUAGACAGUGUGUGCAGAACAACGUUGUGUUGGUUGUACCACCUAAAAUGAUAAGCGAUUAAAUGGAUGUUCAUCACCAUGUAACCUGAUUGAAUAAAUUACUUUCGA